AUUUUCUGAUUUCAAAACAAAAAAUUCACAAAACACAAAACCUCUCUCUCUCUCUGAAUCGAAUUGGAAACGAAGAAGAAGCAGUAGCAGCAGCACCAGUAUCAUCAUCAUCCAUCAGCUAUGGAAGCGAUUCUCACAGAUUGCGUGCACAAGAGUCUCCGCCAUUUCAUGCACAACAACGCCAUCUUCCUCUGCCACCGUCUCUGCGCUGAGUUCCCCACUGAGACAAAUCUCCAAUUGUUGGCUAGCUGUUACUUGCAGAGUAAUCAAGCGCAUUCUGCGUACCAUAUUUUAAAGGGAACACAAAUGGCUCAAUCCCGGUACUUGUUUGCAAUAUCAUGUUUUCAGAUGGAUCUUCUUAGUGAAGCUGAAGCAGCAUUAUGUCCUGUCAAUGAGCCUAGUGCAGAGGUCCCAAAUGGUGCAGCUGGUCAUCAUCUAUUAGGGCUCAUUUACAGAUAUACUGACAGAAGGAGAAGUGCCAUACAUCAUUUUAAGCAGGCACUAUUGGUGGAUCCUCUAAUGUGGGCAGCAUAUGAGGAGUUGUGCAUAUUAGGCGCUGCUGAAGAAGCUACUGCAGUUUUUGGUGAAGCAGCUGCUCUUUGUAUACAAAAGCAAUACCUAAAUUGCUCAACUACUCCAAAGCUGCAUUCAUCUACUGAGGAUUGUAAUUUGGUUGACACUAGACACAGUGCAUCAGAAGAUGUGAAUCCAAGGCAACUGAAACUCAUGCAAGGCCUAAAGGAUAUUCCUCUAAAUCAUCAUGGAGCAUCUAUAUUAGGAGGAACUUCUGGUCAACCUAUUAAUAGUGGUCCGUCUAACAUUUCAUUUUAUAACACCCCAUCUCCAAUGGUAACGCAGUUGUCAGGUGUUGCUCCGCCCCCUUUGUGUAGGAAUGUGCAGCUAAAUGGCUCAAAUCUGAGCACUGUUGGUGCAGAGAGUUCUCCUAAAUCAACAGUAAACUCUACUAUUCAAGCCCCCCGAAGAAAGUUUGUUGAUGAAGGAAAGUUACGAAAGAUUUCUGGUAGGUUAUUUUCUGAUUCUGGUCCUCGACGUAGUCCAAGACUCUCUAAUGAUGCAAGUGCUAAUCCAAAUGCUAAUGCAACUGUUGUAUCUGGAAAUGGAACUAGCAACUCUUCUAAGUAUCUUGGAGGGUCAAAGCUUAGCUCUAUGGCUUUUCGUACCAUGACAGUUCGUAAGGGACAGUCAUGGGCUAAUGAAAACGUUGAUGAAGGGAUUCGUAAUGAUGUUCUAGAUGAUUCACGUUUGAAUGUCACAUCGACAAGUUCUAGUUCCUCUACUUCCAUGGAAGUGAAAUCUAAUGAUCAGGAAGCCGUGAAUUUUCAAGUUGGUGGACAAGUAAUUAGUGGUUCAAAAGUCAUCACUGGUGCUUCAGAAAUACUGACCCUUCUAAGAGUUUUUGGUGAAGGUUUUAGACUUGCCUGCUUGUAUAGGUGCCAGGAUGCACUGGAUACCUAUCUGAAACUUCCACAUAAGCAUUACAAUACUGGCUGGGUUCUUUCCCUGGUUGGAAGAUUGCAUUUUGAAUUAGUAGAUUAUUUAGAGGCUGAUCGAGCCUUUGGUCUUGCUCGUCAGAUUAUGCCAUAUAGUUUGGAAGGAAUGGACGUAUACUCAACAGUCCUUUAUCUUCUAAAGGAGGAUAUGAAGUUGAGCUACCUGGCUCAGGAGCUAAUAUCAACUGAUCGCUUAGCUCCUCAAUCUUGGUGUGCCAUGGGUAACUGUUACAGCCUGCAGAAAGAUCAUGAAACUGCACUGAAGAAUUUUCAACGAGCUGUUCAACUAAAUCCCAGAUUCGCAUAUGCGCACACACUUUGUGGACAUGAGUAUGUUGCGCUAGAAGAUUAUGAGAAUGGUAUCAAAUGCUACCAGAGUGCACUCAGGGUUGAUGCAAGGCACUACAAUGCCUGGUAUGGACUUGGAAUGAUAUAUCUUCGCCAAGAGAAGUUUGAGUUCUCUGAACAUCAUUUUCGGAUGGCUUUCCAAAUCAAUCCUCGCUCAUCCGUUAUAAUGUCAUACCUUGGAACUGCUUUGCAUGCUUUGAAGAGAAGCGAGGAAGCGCUGGUGGUAAUGGAGAAGGCUAUCUUGGCAGAUAAGAAAAAUCCUCUUCCAAUGUAUCAGAAGGCCAAUAUACUCAUGAGCUUGGAAAGAUUGGACGAGGCUUUGGAAGUCCUGGAGGAGCUUAAAGAGUAUGCUCCCCGUGAAUGCAGUGUAUAUGCUUUGAUGGGAAGGAUCUAUAAAAGGCGUAACAUGCAUGAGAAAGCAAUGCUUCAUUAUGGUAUUUCUUUGGAUUUGAAACCAUCUGCAACAGAUGCUGCUGCCAUUAAGGCUGCCAUUGAGAAAUUGCAUGUGCCUGAUGAGAUGGAAGACAACUUGUAGCUCUGCUGAUGAAGUGCAAAACUGAUAAUUUGGUGUAACUCAUGCUCAUUUGAAUCCUUGAUCACAAGGAUUUGACUGGUUCUGCUUGGGCUUUCGGCAGAUUGUGCAUAAAAGCAGCACAAAUGGGUGAGAAACAACCUUUCAUGCAGCCAUCACACCCAUCUAAUUGGCGGACCUGUAGGUGACCUGAGAUGUGUAGGAGAUUCAUGUACUUAAUAGGUGGACAUGAUAUGACAAAGGUACCAAGAAGCUCCCAUGCUUGUACCGAUAUGUUAGGGAAAAGUACAUGUAUAAUUAGUUCACCCAUUCAUUUGUUCAUAAAUCUUAGCUUUAGGCCCAUUGGGAUGAGCUUAUUUUAAUUUAUUUUAUAGCAUAAACACUUAUUCAAGUGUUUGAGAGUAUAUGUAAAUAGCUUAUGAGAUAUAAGCUGUUUUGAGCUUAUUUUGAUAAGUUUCCCAAAUUCGCUUAUGAAUAAACGUUGAUACAUA